GCUCUCGUAAAACUUUACAAAGAUGCUUGUAAAAUCUUCGAAGGAAGAAAACGACAAUGAAACACUGACCACCGCCAUCUGUUGCUGAUGCCAAUUUACUGAAGGGCCUUUUUUCUGUAUGCUGGCUUCCCAGCCUCGGCCCAAAGGUAAAGGUGGCAAAAGUGGAGCUUGCUGAAGAAAGGGCAGCCUGUCCCUGACUCACAAACAACUGAGCUGCAGAGCAGAGCCAGAGCAGUCAUGAAGUUCGUCCAGUUUUUGUUGAAAAACAGCUCAGUGACUGGCAUACCGAAACAAGUGGAGAGGUUUUCCAAGUUCUCCCCUUCGCCCUUGUCUAUGAAGCAGUUCAUUGACUUCGGCUCAGCCAAUGCAUGUGAGAAGACCUCUUUUGUAUUCCUGCGCCAGGAGCUUCCUGUGAGACUGGCCAACAUCAUGAAAGAAAUAGACCUCCUCCCUGACAAGCUCCUCGGCACACCGUCCCUACAGCUCCUCACCAGCUGGUAUUCACAGAGUCUGUUGGAGAUUGUGGAAUUUUUAGAGAGAGACCCAGAUGAUAAACAAGUCCUUUCCAAGUUCACAGAGACUCUGGUGAAUGUCCGUAACCGUCACAACAACGUGGUGCCCACCAUGGCCCAGGGCGUGCUGGAGUACAAGGACGCUUUCGGGGUGGACCCCGUCACCAACCAGAACGUUCAGUACUUCUUGGACCGCUUCUACAUGAGCCGCAUCUCCACGCGCAUGCUCAUGAACCAGCACACUUUAAUCUUCGACGGCAGCGUCAACCCAGCCCAUCCCAAACAUAUUGGCAGCAUUGACCCCAGCUGUGAUGUAGUGGAGGUAGUAAAAGAUGCCUAUGAGACGUCCAAGAUGCUCUGUGAGCAGUAUUACCUAACCUCUCCUGAUAUGGAGGUCAAACAAGUUAACUCCAAAAAUCCUGACCAGCCCCUCCACAUUGUCUACGUGCCGUCCCACCUCUACCACAUGCUGUUUGAGCUCUUCAAGAACGCGAUGAGGGCCACAGUGGAGACUCAUGAGACGAGCCUGACUCUCCCUUCAAUCAAAGUGCAGGUUUCACUGGGCACUGAAGAUCUCACUAUCAAGAUGUCUGACAAAGGAGGUGGAGUUCCUCUGAGGAAGAUUGAGCGUCUGUUCAGCUACAUGUACUCCACAGCCCCCAGUCCUGUGCAUAUGGACAAUUCUCGGAACGCUCCUCUGGCUGGUUUUGGCUAUGGCCUGCCCAUCUCCCGUCUGUAUGCCAGGUACUUCCAAGGAGACCUGCAGCUUUACUCUAUGGAGGGGUAUGGCACCUCGGCUGUAAUAUACUUAAAGGCCUUAUCAUCAGAGUCAGUGGAAAGACUUCCUGUUUUCAACAAGUCAGCCUUAAGGCAUUACCAGACGAGCAUAGAGGCAGACGACUGGUGCAUGCCCAGCAAGGAGCCGAAGCAGCUGGGCAAGUUUGAGAGGAGUCACUAAUGAAACAGACUCAGGGCGCUGGCUGCGAACCAAAAAACAUGCAGUGGGAAGAAAUGAAGAAGAGGGGUGAGGUCCAUGAUAGAAAAAAAUGGAUGAGCCUGUAUUGUGACUGUCAGAAGGUACCAUGUGCCUGCAGCAGGUUGCCAGACCUGGGUUUGUGUAUAUGCGGGGUGGGUUCCCCUUUCUCACCAACAGAGAAGCCUGGAGGCUGAAAUUCUGUUUUCCCUUGAUGGUGGUCAAGAAUCAGAUCACCCCAGUGAAAAAAACUACACUAAAAGGGAGAACUGACUUCAGGCCAGCCUGAAGGCAAUUUCACUCAACUGAAGCUAACCACAUGUGAAAGUGAAGGCACUUAAUUUCAGUCCAUGAACAUCACUGGUGAGAAAGAGUCAUACAGUAGCAACUCACAAGCACACAUUUCCUUUUGCCUCAUUUAUCACACACGCACAUACACACAGACACACACACACACACACCUUAUUAUUUAUUUUAGCUAUGAUCACAACAGUAAAGCAAGCUUUCUCUUCAUUUCAAAUUUCAAAUACUUACAGUCGUUGUUGAAAAAAUUGCUGGCUAACGCUGCAAUGGUGAUUGCACUGUCAACCUUAAUUUGAUAUGUGUGUAUGUGUCCAGCUCAAGCCAGUUACAGUGGGAUCACUCAGGUUACUCAGAACAGUUAUGCAAGAGGACAGUGGAUAAUGGUCACAACAUUAACUCAGAGGGAGGGUAGUGUACAGUUUUUUAAUUUUUCAUAUACACGUUUUCAAUCUGUUAAAUUAGUUCAGUCACAUCUCAGCAUACAUUAUCAGCUCUGAUCCCACUAGAACUUUAAUUGGACCCUUUAGUAGAUAGUUUUUUUUAUGUAGCAUAAAAUGUUUGGGCUUAAAAUGAUGUCUACUGAUGACAUCAGUACAAAAGCAUUUGUGCCAUUUUUAGUCUCUUUAAGCUAGUUCAACAGGAGAUGAAAUCAAAAUGUUAUCCUUUAGUGGAGGAUUCUAAAUGGCAGGAAACUACCUACCUGGUGCCAGACACUGAGAGAAAAUGUUUCUCAUGGCCUUGGUGGUAUUAAUAAGUCACAUUCAGCCGACUCCUUUUUUUAAAACAUAACUCAGAUGAUCUAAUGUGGUCAUUGUGGUAUUCUAAAGAUAACAAGACCUGAUGGAGCUUGAGUGCCAUAUUCAAAAUGAGGUGUGCCUUUUGGUUAAAAGCAACAAAAUUUCAUAAACCUAGUCUUGGAGAAUGGUUUAAGUCACUUUGUAUGUAUGUAUGCUUAAACUGAAUAAUAGAUAUGAUUUAUUGUUUGUUUAUUGGUGUUAACCAUUUCCAGGUUACCUGGCACAUUCAUAGCCAUUUUCCUCUGUUGCAAUUGAAAAUUAUAGUAUGUAAAACUGUAAAUUCCUCUAGAUUUAACCAAGCACAGUAUUUGUUAUUGAUAUGUUUUUAUAUACGGCAUGGAGCCAAUCAGACUGAACUGAAAUGCCAGAUUUUUUUUUUAUGCCAUGGAUCUGUUCAGUGUGUUCUUUGCUCUAGAAUUGCACAAUGGGUCUCAGCAUAUUCAAGAUGAUUUCAGAAAAAUAUCACCAAGAGUGCUCAGUUUUAUAACCAUAAGCUUUCUGUAUAUUAAAUGAACUACUGUGGAGGGGUGGAACAGUUGGGUAAGACCCUCAUACUUUGUUCCAGGGAGUCAUAUUCAUAGCUUCAAUACAUACCUCAGUUUUUUGCCACACUAUAUAAAAUGCUGAUAUUUAUACAGUGUCUAACUCAUGUUAUCUGUAUCUGAUGGAGUGAUGCACAGACUGACUGCAGUGUAAACACAGUGGAACCACACCAUAGACCCUUCAUUACUGUGGAAUGACGUAAAAGGCCAGUUGAUGCCGUGCUCAUGCUGUAUUAAUUUUACAGAUGCUGUUUUAUCUGUAAUAAUUUUGUCCACAAUGUCCACGUUUACCAUUUACACAUUUCAGUUCCCAAAAGUUCCCAGUGUGCGUGCUUCCCAAAUCUGCCAAUGCAUGUGGUUAAGCCUUAAGAACUUAAUGCCUAUUAACUGAAAUAACGUCAUUCAUUUUAUGUUUUGGUGAAUUGUAAAUUGUUUAUGAAGUGACAUUUUUUUUCUUGUUACUGUACUUGAGGUGUAAUUCACUAUAAAAUGGACCCAUGAAUGUAACAGAUAAACAAAAAAUGACUUGGCCCACUUCCUCAUAUAUAAUCUUCUCUGCUUUUUGCAGUACAUUGCACACUGCUGAAUUUUGCCCUUUGCUACCAUUUUUCUUGCAGCUCAUUUGAGUGUGGAAGUGUUAACUGGUAUUGUAUGGCAAAAAUUUAAAUGGGGCCUAUACAAGCUGAAGGCAUUCAGGCUAUUGUCUGACUUAGAAAAAUCAGGACCAUAAAAACCCCAGUAUUAAAUUGCACCCUAUGUGAUGGUUAGCUGUUGAUAAUGUGUUAUUACACAAACACAAUUUUACUUAUUUUUGGGGCCACACCACAACAGAUUUAAGGUCAAUUACUGUCCAGUACUAGCAAUUUAAUUCAAUUAGUAAUCCUUAGUUCUCCAUCUUGCCUGGCCAUCUUGACAACCAUGCUAAUGCACUUUCAGAAUUGCCUGAACAAGCCUGAAAUGAAAUGAUGAAACAGUGCCAUUACUGCAGUCUGGAAGGCUUAUUAAUGAACUGGAAUACAUAGCUGGUGAGAUAAAAUAGCCAAUAAGAUAAUUGGUAAUGGUUUAUCCUGUAAUCAAACUGGUGCACCUGUAGUGUGAGUCACAGUGACUCUUUUGCCUCUCCUUAGGCCAAGUCUGUUCUGUAUGGUCUAGCAUAUCAUUAUUUUGCCCAUUGGUGUGUUUUUACACAGUGAACACUCAAUUACCUUGUCACUCUGCCUGGAGUUAAACCAGGUGAUGCUGUGUCAGUAACUGAGGAGUUGACUAAUCAUAUGAAUUUUGAAAUUUUAGCAUGGUUUAUAUGUAUUGCCCAUUUUAUGCUUUUGUGCUGUGCUGUCUGUGAACUUCUCUGCUCUGUUAUUGUCAUGCUGCUCUGUAUGGAACAAGCUCUUUCAAACUUCUUCCAUCAUGCUAAGAGAUGGCGAUGUUUUAAACAUAGAAUAAAUGCACAUAGGAAA